AUGAAUAAGCUAUAUAUUGGCAACGUGAGCGCCGAGGCCAGCGAGGAGGACUUCGAAACUAUCUUUGAGACGUGGAACAUUCCUCACAGUGGUCCCUUUCUGGUCAAAACUGGCUAUGCCUUCGUGGACUGCCCCGAUGAGAAGACUGCAAUGAAGGCCAUCGAUGUUCUUUCAGGUAAAGUUGAACUCCAUGGGAAACUUCUCGAUGUGGAACACUCUGUGCCAAAACGUCAAAGGAGCUGUAAGUUGCAGAUCAGGAACAUCCCGCCUGACAUGCGGUGGGAGGUCUUGGAUGGUGUGCUGGCCCAGUAUGGUGCCGUAGAAUGCUGUGAACAAGUCAACACUGACACAGAGACUGCAGUUGUCAAUGUUCGAUAUGCAGCCAAGGACCAGGCCAGGCAGGCGAUUGAGAAGCUCAACGGCUCCAUGAUGGAGAACUGUGCUUUGAAGGUGUCUUACAUCCCAGACGAGAACGCAGCACCAGAGGGUCCUCCAGCAGGAGGUCGGAGAGGCUUCAAUGCCCGUGGACCGCCGCGGUCGGGGUCUCCGAGCCUCGGCGCCCGGCCCAAAGUGCAAUCGGACAUCCCGCUGCGCAUGCUCGUUCCCACGCAGUUCGUCGGGGCAAUCAUCGGCAAGGAAGGCGCAACAAUCCGUAACGUCACAAAACAGACACACUCAAAGAUUGACAUUCAUCGGAAAGAGAACGCAGGUGCUGCAGAGAAGCCCAUCACAAUUCACUCCACAGCUGAAGGUUGUUCGAAUGCCUGCAGAACCCUAAUGGAGAUCAUGCAGAAGGAAGCACUAGACACAAAGUUUACUGAGGAGAUCCCACUGAAGGUUCUAGUACACAACACCUUUGUAGGAAGAUUAAUCGGGAAGGAAGGCCGAAACCUGAAGAAGAUCGAGCAGGAUACGGGGACCAAAAUCACAAUCUCGCCUCUACAGGACCUGACCCUGUACAACCCGGAGCGGACCAUCACAGUGAAGGGCUCCAUCGAGGCUUGCGCGAGAGCAGAGGAGGAAGUGAUGAAGAAGAUCAGGGAGUCGUACGAGAGCGACAUGGCUGCCAUGAACCUCCAGUCUAACCUAAUUCCAGGCUUGAACUUGAACGCUCUGGGUUUGUUCCCUAGUGGCGCACCUGGCAUGGGUCCAUCCAUGUCCCAUGUCCCGCCUCCCGGAGCUGGCGGCUCUGCAUUUGGAUGCAGUCCUUAUGGGGGCGAGGGUCCAUUUUGGGCUUCUAUGAUGUCGGCGAGCAGCGAGCCCCUCGCCGUACACCCGGAGUCAGAGACUGUGCACCUGUUCAUCCCUGCGCUUGCCGUGGGAGCAAUCAUUGGAAAACAGGGUCAACACAUCAAGCAGCUGUCGCAUUUUGCCGGAGCCUCCAUCAAAAUUGCCCCCGCAGAAGGAAUGGAUCCCAAACAGAGGAUGGUUAUUAUUGUCGGACCACCAGAGGCUCAGUUUAAGGCUCAGUGUCGCAUCUUUGGCAAGCUGAAGGAGGAGAACUUCUUCGGACCCAAGGAGGAGGUAAAGCUGGAAGCCCACAUCAAGGUCCCCUCCUUCGCCGCUGGACGAGUCAUCGGAAAGGGUGGAAAAACGGUAAACGAGUUACAGAACCUGACCUGUGCGGAAGUGGUGGUGCCCAGAGACCAGACUCCCGAUGAGAACGAUCAGGUCAUCGUCAAAAUCAGCGGACACUUCUUUGCAUGCCAGCUGGCCCAAAGGAAGAUUCAGGAGAUCCUGGCUCAGGUGAGGAGACAGCAGCAGCCCAAGCCUGCUCCCGGAGCCCAGCCUCCACUGCCCCGCAGGAAGUAA